AUGUGUAACCAAUUCUGCAGGAACCUGUUUCAUGACUCGUCCUGGACGCAGGUAACCUUUCACGAACCACCGGUAGAGCAGCUGCCCUCCCCAGACAAUAAUGGUAGCCACCAAGUACCAGUGUCCUUGCAACUCGUUGUAAACGUGGUAGAACAGGCUGAUGUAGAAACAGACAGCCAGCAGCCAAUGGAAAGAGAUGAAAAACUGGUACCAACGGUCGCGCAUAAACUGCCAGGAACACAUCCAUAG